CCCAGCGGGUCUGUACUGCAGCGUGCCGGCGUCGAGCCUCCGCGGCGGCGAUGGCGGACAGCGUGCUGCUGACCAAGGUCGUCUGCCUGGUGUUAUUUGCUGUCAUCUCGCUGACCUGCGGCUUGCUGCCGCUGGUGGGCUCGCGGUUGGCGCGCGCCUGGAGUCGCCACCACGCGCCGGGCAAGACGCUGCUGCGUUUCUCGGCUCGGCUCGACCUGCUGGUCUCAUGCGUGCUCUGUCUGGGCGGCGGUGUGCUGCUCGGCACCGUCUUCACGCACAUGAUGCCCGAGAUUCGCGAGGUUUUCGCGCAGAUCGCGGGCGCCGGCCUUCUGCCCGGCAUGGAGGCGCCGGCCGGCGAGAUCUUCCUCUGCGUCGGCUUCUUCCUCGUCUACCUGGUUGAGGAGCUGGUGCACGCCUUCCUGGCCGGCCGCGGCACGGUCCGCAAGGCCGGCAGCGUCCUAGCGCUGGCCGCGCCACCGGCCGCCGACGCGCCGGCCGACGCCGUGGUCGUGCAUGGACACGGCACAUCCGGGCACGACCACGGCACGUCCGGACACGACCACGGUACGUCCGGACACGACCACGGCACGGCCGGACACGACCACGGAACGACAAUCGCGACUCUGCACGCGUUCCGCGCGUAUGUGGUGAUCGUAGCGCUGUCCGUGCACUCGGUGUUCGAGGGCUUCGCCGUGGCGUUCGAGACGGCCAGCCGAGACGUGUGGAUCCUGUUCGCCGCCAUCGCCACGCACAAGGCCAUCGUGUCGUUCUGCCUCGGCGAGCAGCUGCUGGCCACGCGGCGCUCGGUCGGCUUCGUCCUCACCAGCCUGCUCGGCACUCACAGUUCUAACCAAAAGAAGCGUAACAAAGCUGGUGAGUUGAACUGCAUAGCCUGA